AUGAUUUGUGGUUGUGGACUACUACAUUCCUGGAAAACACCAUAUAAACGGUUAGUUUAUCGUGUUUACACUAUUUUCAUAAUGUUAUUAAUUCAUUCAUUUAUGCUAUCACAAUUGGUGGAUCUUAUUAUGAUCGUGGACAAUUCCAACGAUUUUACCGAUAAUUUCUAUGUUUUACUCGCUAUGAUUGUUUCUUGCUGUAAGAUGUUCGCUUUGUUAAUAAAUCGCAACAAUAUUGUAACUUUAAUCGAGACUCUUAUGAGUAAACCAUUCCGACCGGUUGAACCUGACGAAAUGAAGAUUCAACAGAAAUUUGAAAAGCUCAUACAAUCAAAUACGCUUCAUUAUUUUAUUUUGGUUGAGACAACGUGUUUAUCCGUUACCGUGACAUCGUUGCUGACAGAGUUUAGGAAAGGAAAUUUGACAUUCCGAGCAUGGCUGCCAUUCGAUUAUUCUUCGCCGCUACGUUUUUUUCUCGUAUACGCUCAUCAAUUAAUAAGUUUUACAAUUGGAUCUGUACACCAUGUGGCUUGCGACAGUCUCAUAUGCGGAUUUCUGGUGCACAUUUGCUGUCAAAUAGAAAUACUGGAACAUCGUUUGAGAAAAAGUGCACGUGAGCCUAACAUUCUUCGCGAGUGUGUUCUUCAACACAACCAUAUAUUCAAAUUUGCUAAUGUAGUAAAUGAGAAAUUCAAACUAACUAUAUUUCUCCAGUUUGUUGUCAGUACAUUGGUGAUGUGCUUUAAUCUGUAUCAAUUUACCAAGUCAACAGCGUUAAAAACAAAAUAUAUGCAAUUAAUAUUGUAUACGUGCUCCAUGUUAUCACAAAUCUUUUUUUACUGCUGGUACGGGAAUGAAGUUAAAUUGAGAAGUCGGCAGUUGAUGAAUAAUGUGUUCGAAAUGGAAUGGUUUAAUUUAGAUGGAAACGCUCAGAAAACUUUAUUAAUGAUUGUAAAGCGGGCUACAAUACCAAUCGAAUUUACGAGUGCUUGUGUUAUUUCUAUGAACUUGGAUUCAUUUGUGGGUUUGCUCAAGACAUCAUAUUCAGCUUAUAAUAUACUUAAACAAACUAUGUUGCUGAAUCGUAAAAAUAUUGCAACAUUAACCAAUAUUCUUAUGGAGAAGCCAUGCAAACCACUGGAACCGGAAGAAAUGCAAAUUUAUCACAAAUUUGAUGAAAGUGUGCACUUUGCCAUUAUGGUUAAUGCAAAAUUCAGAUUUACCAUUGCUGUUCAAUUUAUGGUGAGCACAUUGGUGAUGUGCUUCAAUCUAUAUCAAUUCACCAGAUCAACUACAUCAAACGCGAAAUAUGUUCAGCUGAUAUUAUAUAUGUGUAGCAUGCUGACUCAAAUCUUUUUUUAUUGCUGGUAUGGAAAUGAGGUGAAAACAAAGAUGCGCGUCUUGCAAUUAACUUUCAAGAUUUUAACAAUUACUGGAUGUUGGCGGCCGCAGUCAUGCUCGUCAUGUAUGCGUAUAGUUUAUGACACCUAUACGAUUUUUAUGAUUAUAUUAUUAUAUACUUUCUUGGUAUCGCAAUUUUUGGAUAUCAUUUGGAAUGUAAAUAAUGCAGAAGAUUUUGCCGAAAAUUUUUACGCCACGUUGGCGUCGGUUGUUUCUUGUUCUAAAAUGCUCAGUUUGUUAGUAAAUCGAGAUAACAUUAAUACAUUAACUAAUGUACUCAUCGAGAAACCAUAUAGACCAUUGGAGAUGGAUGAAAUGAAAAUUCGAUAUAAAUUUGAUAGACUCAUAUAUAUCAACACACUUUGCUAUACGAUUUUGGUGGAAACAACGUGCCUAUGCAUCACUAUGACGUCCUUAUUCACGAUGUUCAGAAAAGGGACCCUGACAUACAGAGCAUGGCUACCAUACGACUAUUAUUCAUCCACUAUUGUAUUUUGUCUUACCUAUGCUCAUCAACUUAUUAGUCUGACGGCUGGAUCGCUUAUUAAUGUGGCCUGUGAUAGUCUUAUCUGUGGAUUGCUGGUGCAUAUUUGUUGUCAGAUCGAGAUCCUAGAAUAUCGAUUGAGCAAGAUAUCAAAUAAUCAUGAUAUUCUUCGCGAUUGUGUACGUCACCACGACAGUAUAUUUGAAUAUGCCAUCAAAUUGAACAAGAAAUUCAGAAUGACUAUUGCUAUGCAAUUUGUAGUGAGUACAUUGGUAGUAUGCUCGAAUUUGUAUCAAAUGACUAAAUCAGAAACUUUAAAUGCAAACUAUCUUCCUUUACUAUUGUAUAUGUCCUGUAUGUUGACACAAAUUUUUAUUUAUUGCUGGUACGGAAACGAAGUAAAAUUAAAGAGCACUCAGCUGCUUCAAAACAUAUUCUCGAUGGAUUGGAUAACAUUGGACAGACAUGUUAAAGAAAGCUUAUUAAUAAUAAUGAAUCGUGCAGCAGUACCGAUAGAAUUUACUAGUGCUUACAUACUUUCUAUGAAUCUCGAUUCUUUUGUUGGGAUACUUAAGACAUCAUAUUCAGCUUAUAAUAUAUUAAAACAAGUGUAG